AUGAAUGCUUUCAUGAAUAACUGUGAUUUUCAUGACGUGGGUUUUAUAAGACCCAAAUUCACUUGGUGUAACAAUAAGCAAGGCGGAGCUCGUAUUCUAGAAAGGUUAGAUCGUUACCUUAUCAACUCAGAAGCUUUGAAGAGCAUUCAACCAGCACUUGUUCAUCACCUUGGGAGAAUUGCUUCGGAUCACUGUCCAUUAAUUCUCAACAUUUUAAAUUCUGGAUUCAGAAAACAGAAAAAACUGCAGUUCGAGGAUAUUUGGGCUUCAUUUCCAGCUUCCAAAGCCAUAGUUUCGAAAACCUGGAGGAAAUCAGUCAGAGGAGAUGAUGUUCAAGUUUUGAAUACUAAAUUUAGAAGAGUUCUUAAGGCUCUUUUUCACUGGAGUAGAUCGAAGCACUCUAAUCUCAACUCUCUUAAAAAAGAACUAAAGAAGGAUAUCAUUGAGCUACAAGAAGAAGAAGCUAAUUCAGGGGGAUUAUCUGAAGAUAAAAUCUGCUUGCUGAAAUUUAAGGUAAAAGAGCUUAAUUCCAGCUUAGGAAGAUUAUCUUCUUGGUGGAAACAGAGAGCAAAGGUCAAAUGGAUCAAGGAUGGAGAUUCUAAUACAGAAUAUUUUUAUUCUGUGGCUUCAACCAGACAAAGAUUGAAUUUCAUCAAUCAAAUUAGAAAUUUGAAAGGGUGGUUGAGUGAAGAACCAGAAUGCAUUGAAGACACCUUUUGA